CAAUAUUUUUUUUGUUUGUUUGUAUUGUUCAACAACAAUGGAAAAAAUUCUCAUUGAAAUCCGACAUGAAUGUUCACAGAACAUGUCCACCGAUUUGAUCAAAUAUUGUGAUGCUAUUCUAGAUUCAAUACAGACUCAUCUAGUCGAAUCGAAUCUCGAACAACAUGAAAGUCAUCUUCAAUUGAUUUUACAAUUGUUCAAAAUUUGUGUUGAAAAUAAUGUAUCUAAAUUGAAUUUGUUGAGCAUCGAUUUGCUUAAACUUUAUAUGAGACAAACGAAUGAAUCGAAUAAUGAUUCAUUGAAAGAAUAUACGAUAAAUCAGAUAUUAAAAUUAUAUUGCAAUAUAUUCAAUAAAAAUGGUACCUUAAUAUCACUUGAAUUGUUGGGUUUCAUCAUCGAAGUUGCGGCCACAUUCGUAACACAUUUAACCAUUGUACAUGUGAUCGACAUAAUUGAAUUGUGUCAUAAACAAAUUAAAGAAUAUGUUCUAAAUGGUUCGAAUAGUUCGGCUAAUUCUUCUAGUCAACGAGCUUCAUCAACGUUACGAAAUUUGUUUACAGCAAAUAAAAAUUCCAAUCAAGAUAAAGUAUUUUCAGCCAUCUAUAUGACAGCCGGUCAAGUUUGUCAUUAUUUUGUGAAAAAUAAAAUUGUCGAACAUCGUCAUCAAUCUGUAUCGGGUGAAGAAAAUAGUAAAUCAUCACAGGAUUUCAUUCAUCUAAUGCUUUAUCUAAUCAAAAAACUUGAAACUAAAGUCAGCUUUUUGAAUGAAGUAGAAUUAUCACGUUGCAAUACAGAUAAACAUGGUGAUAAUGAACGUAUUAAAUCAUCGAUUAAUGAAACUAAAGUUGAAAUAUUUAUACUGAUAAAAACAUUCAAUUGUUUCUAUCUGAAAUGUAUUCAUUUUGUUUUAUUAACUAUACCGGAUGCAUGGAAACAUAUGACGAAUCGAUUGAUGGAGGUCAUAUGGAAACAUUUGGCACCAGUUCUCAUUCACAUAUUGAAUCCAACAUCAAUGAUUUCUUUGUCGAAUUUGAAUUCCACUGAUUCAUCAAUGGGAAGUAAUCAUGGUGAAAAAAGUCAGACAUUUUUUGGUCGUGGAUCAGAAAAAUUGCAUCUAAGUUCACCGGUCAAUCGAAAACAUCAUACAUUGAAUUGUUUAAACUAUCAGGAACGUCAAUACAUGUAUAAAAUUUCAAUGGAAUUACUUCGUUUGUUUGGUCUCGAGAGUUCAAUGCGUCCAAUAUUGGAAGCUUUAUUCUAUAGAAUUUUUCUUUUACCACCAUUGAAACAAAGACUUGAUUCAUUAGUAUAUAUACAGGAAGUGUUCAAGAAUCCAUUGUUGGUUUUGAUUCUAAUCAGUGAUCCAAUAUGUUUAUUUGGGCCUUCCGUUUCCAAUUCACAACAUUUGGAUUUGGUUCAGAUAUUUAUCGAUGCAAUCAAAGAAGCAAUACUUUGUGAUGAUUUGGUUCUCAAUCAAUUGAGUUUAGUAUGUUUGGCGUCGUUAUCGUGUACAUUGAAAAAUAUUGCUACGCUAGAACUAUGUGCUGAUCGAACUAUGAACGGUGACAGCAUCAACACGAGUGAUUCGAAAAUUUUAAAUUCUCCAAUCACAAAAAUGAUCUGUUCAUAUGUGGAACGAAAUAGUAAAACAUUUGAAUCAACCAUUAACAAUAAUAAUAAUAAUUUGACCAGUCGAAGUCAUUUACGUUCGACUAGUCGUAUGGCCAAAUAUAGCACACCAAAACCACAUGAUCGUCAUUUUAAUUUUUCAUCAAUUAAAGAUCGAAUUUAUGGUUAUGAUAUGAUUACAUCGCUUGAAUCCAGAAUACAAUCAAAAACAACAAUUGUUUUGUCAUCCAACUCGAUUCAAGAGACUCAAUCCAUUCGAACACAGAACGAAAAUGCUGCGAAAGCACAAAACAGUUCUAAUUAUGAGGAUAUUGAUUAUCGUGAUAAACUUAAAGCUUUGAUCUCAUCAUCAUCAACAGUCACAUCAUCAUCAUCGUCACCAUCACCAUUGGAAAAAAAGAAUGAUACAAUUCUCCAUCAAUCGAAUCAUUCGAAUAAUCAAUUACCAAUUUCUGCAUUUCGUAGUUCAAGUUUUCAUCUUUCAUUCGAAAAUCUUCAUCGUCUUUCAUCGUGGAAUCUAGAUUUAGAUGUGAAUAAUUUAAGAUUUACAAACAGUGAUACUAAAUUAGAUAUGCUUUAUCGUGGUGAUUUAUCAUUUAUUGGUGAUGAUGUCCUUAUCGAUAAAAAUUUCGGUGAUGAUAUAAUUAGCAUGGAAGAUAGUUCAGUUUUUGAUGAGAUAUCUACGACUGAUUCUGAUGCUCACAGUCAUAAUUAUGAUGAUGCUAAUUUUGAAUCCGAUGAUGCUAAUAUUGAAACAUUUGUUAUGUCAAAAAUGUUUCGCUAUCCUAAAGGUCCAAAUUUUCAAUCAUCCAAUCUUUGUUUUUUUGAAAGAUUAUUGGCACAAAUUUUCGUUCGAAAAUUGUCAAAAAUUCUACCUGAAUUAGCAAAUUGUCGAAAUUUGUUUGCAGUUGACGAGGCUAUUCAAUCAUUUGCUUCGUUAUAUUGUAAAAAUUUAUACAUCAAUCUAAAUUUAUUGAUGCGAUCAAAUUUUGAAAAUCAAUCCACAUUGAUCGAUUUGGAAGAACAAGAAAUUGAAAAACUACGAAAUUAUAAAGAUUUAUUCAACAAUUUAUUCAUCAAUGCUGAUGGUAUAUAUUUAACUACCUAUCUGACAAUGUUGUUUAAUUUAAAAUUACAAUCUUCAAAUUAUUAUGAAAAUGAUAUGAAAAACAAUAUACCAAUCACUGAAAAAGCAUUCGUUGAUGAUAUUUUUGACUAUCAUAUCACCAUUUAUGUUUCACAAAAUUUUUUGGCCGAAAUCUAUCAAAAUGUUUUGGCUACAAAUCUAUUUGGUUCAAUUUAUAAUGAAUAUCGAUCUGAUUUUAAUAAAUUACCUCUAGUCAAAUUUCUAAUGGAUAUUGAUAUUAUUGAUCGUAACAAUCCUGAUGCAUUUAAAUUAUCCGAUUAUGUUCGUCUAGAACAAGUGGCAACAAAACAUCAUCAGUUUCAACAACAGCAAUCAAAAAUUGAUUUGAAUGAUCAACAAAACCGGUGUAAACAACUAAAUCUAUUGAUUAAACGAUUUUGUCAUUGUUUUUGGGAGCCAAUUAUUCUUUGUUCACGGCAAUCAUUGAGUAAAAAGUUUACUUUCCAAAACAUGGUUCAAUUAAUCGAAUCUUAUAAUGUAACCUAUUUAAGUUCUGUUUGUUUGCUAUUCAAAUGUGACAACAAACAUUCGUUGGCUCAAACUAAAAAUACAAACAUCAGUAUACAGAUAAUUUUGGUAUUGUUUGACAUUUGCGAAAAAGUUGGAUACUAUAAUCAAAUUGACAAAAUUUAUGGCCUUCUUUAUCAAUAUAUUACGAAAUUUUGGCAUCAAAAUCCAAAAAAUAAGAACGAGCUUAAAAAAUCAUUAUCAUCAAACGAUGUUGUUCAACAAACAUUUGGACAUGCAAAUUUUUCCUUUGCACAAAUAAUUGCAUUGAAAACAUUAUUAUCAAGUCCAAUUCGUAUUGGCAGCCGUUGUCCACGGAUAUGGAAAAAUGUUCUUGAUCUAUGUAAAUUUGUUAUUGAUGUAGAAAACUAUACAUUUCGUUCUAGUCGAACAAGUUUACUUAGCCGUGCUAGAAUUUCAAUCAAUACGAUUCUUAAAUCAAAUUCAAUGUCAUUCACUUCUGGUAAUGCAAAUUUUGAUUCAAAUCUUCAUGCAGAUCAUUAUCAAAAUCUUUAUGAUCAUACGGCAUUUAAUCAAUUUCCCGGUAUAAAUGAAGCUGAAUAUUUGAAUUUUGAACAACAAUUCGAUAUUGUUUUGAAUGAAAUUAAAACACGAAAACAAGAACUUGAACCAGAUUCUAAAGAUAUGGAACAGAUUAUCGAAUAUCUAUCAUUAUUGGUGUCACAAAUUUUCGAAACAAUUCCAUUGAAAUGUAAUCUAUCAUUAUUGAAUAGUUUCAUCUGUGAACUAUGUGAUUAUAGCAAAAUGCAAUUGAUUAAAUUGAAUGAUCAAAUUGAUUCGAUGAAUGGAUCACAAUCAAAACCGAUGAUGACAUUGAUCAUGAACACAAAUCAAUGGUCUAGUCAGGAUUGUAAAUCAUUAAUGUUAUUUCGUUUGGUUGAAGUAGUAUUACGAUUCGUAAGGAAUGGUAGACCAUUAUUACAUUUUAUGAAAAUAUGGCCAACCGUUUCUUCGCAUCUGGUUCUAGCAUCUACACAUAAAGAUACGAAUAUUUCUAAAAAAGCAAUAGCUUCAUUACACGAUAUAAUCAAUGCAUUUUUAUCAUCAUAUAGUGAAUUGGAUUUUUUCCAUUUUAACGAAUCAUUAUUUAAGCCAUAUGAAAAAUUAUUACGAUAUGAAAUGUGCAAUUCAGAAACACAACAAGAACUUGUACUAUAUUCUAUUUGUGAAUUUGUGGAAGGUGCAUCGAAAGAGAUACGUUCCGGUUGGAAAUCCAUAUUCAAAGCUUUACGUGGAUUACGACUUUCAAUCGAUGAAACAGCAGCCAUGAAUACACAAUCGAAAUUUAAUUGUAGCCAUCAUGUACAGAUUUUAACCGAUACAUUUGAAGCAUUUCUACGUACAGAUAAUUUACAUGUUUUGGCAUAUGCUUCGGUCGAUUUUAUACCAUGUAUCUUUCAUUUGAUUCGUAAUUUUUCCUCUGAACUCAUCGACAAUUCCAUAUCGGAAUACCAAAAUGAAGUUUUUAUUAUUUUUCUGAAAUGUUUGCAAAAAUUUUCAAAAAUUCUGCGAUCCAUCAAUGAAGUUUCAGAAGAUUCAUUUAUAAAUUUUCAUGUACGAAUUAAAAAGACACGAUCACUGGAUAUGGAAAAAAUUCGAGAAUCCUUAUCAACAAUUGAUUCUGAAAUAAAUCUAGAAUUUCUACAAUUUUCAAACAAUCGUCAUCUUGAAAAUUCACCAAUUGAACGGUCAACUUCACUUUUACAAAUCUGGUAUUUGUUUUUAGAUGAAUAUUCAUCAACCAUCUGUUUCAGUCAUCUAGAAUUUCGUCCAAUGUUAUUGGAAGUUUAUUUUACAUUAAUACAAAUGAUUAUCGAUAUGAACGAUACAUUGGAAUUUUCUCUCUAUUGCUUUAAUCAUAUUGAUUUGCCUAUGAUACAAUGUUUAUUAAGAGAAACAAUAGAUAAUGAUAAAAUUGAUAAGCUAUAUAUUUUUCUAAAAAGUUGGCUACAAGUAUUCAAUGAUCAUGUGAUUAAAUUUAUGUUAACGGAAUAUUCAUUGGAUGAUGAUCAACAUAUACAAGAUAAUUUAAAUGAAUCAAAAAAUCUUAUGUUACAACAAACAUUAAUGGUAUACAUUGAAUGUCUUAAUGGCAAUUAUCAUGAUUUAAUAUCGAUUCUAUCAUUAUCAUUGAUCAAACAUCUUUUAUUGUCUUUACAUCAAAUUUUUACAACAACAUUGUGGAAAAUAUUAAUUGACCCAUUUCGUAUUGCACAUCAAUUAACCAUUCAUCCAUUAGUAUCGUUGGUGAAUUCAUUUCAUAAUCUUCCUAUCGAUAUGAAUAAUGAUCUUGAACAGAUUAAAAUCAUUACGAUGCGUAAUCAAUCAUUACAACAAUCAUCUACGUUAUCAUUGUCAUAUAAUAAUAAUUAUAUACAGAAACGUGCUCGACAGAUAUUUUUUAUUGAUAAUCAAUAUCAACAACGACAUGUUGAUAAUAAUUCACAGAAUCAUACAAGUGAUAAUCAACAAUUUACUUCACAUACAAUUAUAGUUGAAACAUCGACCGGUAUUCAAAAAAGUACCUCAUUCAAUCUAUUUAUAAUUCAAAUUCAUAAUCAUUUAACUUUAUUACAAAUAUUAUCAUCGUUAUUGACAUUCAAUGUGAAGCCACAUUUCACUGAAAUGGUUCCAUUCUUUUACGAACAUAUUGAUGAAAUCUGUUAUCAGAAUAGUAAUGGCGAAAAUUCAUCAGUUCCUUUAUUGAGUCUUCAAUGGACACAAUAUAAUGAAAUAUGUUUUCUUUUUAAACAAUCAUUUACAUAUUCAAUGAAAUUUGAUCAAAGAUUUGGCCUGAAAUUUAUUCUACGACAUUUAACUCAUUCAAAUCUUAUUCCAAAUUUAUUCCAGAUUUCGGCAUUAGUUUGGUCUACACAAUUCUCUGUGAAUUUUUUCUUGUGUUCAGAUCCUAAUUUUAGAAACGAAGAAAAUCUUACAACUCUUGAAGAGCUAUUUACAGAAAUUGAAUCUAUUUAUAGUGAAAAGAAUGACAUGAAUCAAAAAAGGGAAUCUGCAAUCAAAUUCAAUAAUCAAAUAAUACCAAUAAUUCAAACAAUUGAUCAUAAUGAAUCUGGGUCGAUGGAUCAAAAAAUAACACGAUUAAUGCCAUCAGAUCAUGUUUCUCGAUUAUUCGAUGAAUAUAGAAAAAGUAAACAAUCAUUUAAUCUAUCACAUCAGCCCGAUCUUCUAAGUACAAAACAAGAAUCUCAAUCAAAUGAAAUGAAUGAUGAACGUUUAGAAUUUUUGAAAUCCGAUCUGUUCACUUUUAUUCGAAUCUGGAAUGGCAUACUAAGUAAAUGUUUACGAAAACAUAUCGGUUGUGAUCUAAACUCAUAUCGUUAUAUGUUACGACAAUAUCAACAGCUAAUUCAAACGAUGAUUAUGAUGAAUAGCUUUGAUAAGAACACUCAAUUGGUAAUAUUCGCUUGGAUCGAUAAAUUGGCCGAAAAUUUUCUUGUAAAGAAUAAUCAUACACCUGUUGAUUGAUUUUAUUUUA